AUGGCCGAGGAGAGCUCCGACGUCCCCAAAGAGUUGAUCGAAAGUGUCAGGGAUGUUAUUGGGAGGAAAAUCAAAAUUUCGGUUAAGAAGAAAGUAAAGCUGGAAACCAAGGGAGAUAAAGUGGAUAACAAAAUAUUGGUGUUGGCAUCAUGUCGGGCAUUUCUUUUAACAUCUCGGAUUCCCACCAAGUUAGAACUAACUUUCAGCUACUUGGAAAUCCAAGGAGUAACUUCCAGUAAACCAGGUCAGUUGAUUAUGGAAACUGAGAAAUGCAGCAUCUCCAUGAAGAUGGCAUGCUCGGAGGAUGUGAACGAGGUGCUGGCGCACAUUGGGACCUGCCUCAGGAAGAUAUUCCCUGGACUCUCGCCAGUGAGGAUUCUGAAAAAAGUAACUAUGGAGCCUUCAGAAAGACUGGCUAAUCUCCAGGCCCUGUGGGACAGUCAGACAGUGGCAGAACUUGGACCUUGUGGAGGCUUUUCGCAGAUGUAUGCCUGUGUUUGUGAUUGGCUUGGAUUUCCGUAUAGAGAAGAAGUACAGUGGGAUGUCGAUACGAUUUAUCUGACACAAGAUACCAGAGAGUUGAAUUUGCAAGACUUCAGCCACCUUGACCACAGAGACUUAAUACCUAUAGUUGCUGCUCUGGAGUAUAAUCAGUGGUUUACAAAGCUGUCCUCCAAGGAUCUGAAAUUAUCCACUGAUGUCUGUGAGCAGAUACUGCGAGUGGUGAGUAGGUCCAAUCGAUUGGAAGAGCUGGUAUUAGAGAAUGCCGGGCUUAGAACAGAUUUUGCACAGAAACUAGCCAGUGCCCUAGCCCAUAAUCCCAACUCAGGACUCCAUACAAUCAACCUUGCUAGCAAUCCACUUGAAGAUAGAGGUGUGUCAUCUUUGAGCAUCCAGUUUGCCAAACUUCCAAAGGGACUAAAACAUUUAAACUUAUCUAAAACCUCCUUGUCACCUAAAGGGGUGAAUAGCCUUUCCCAGUCACUGAGUUCCAACUCGCUGAUCGCGAACACGCUCGUCUAUCUUGACCUCUCAGGGAAUGCGCUCCGCGGUGAUGAUCUUUCAAGCCUGUACAAUUUUUUGGCCCAGCCAAAUGCCCUUGUUCAUCUGGAUUUAUCCAACACGGAGUGUCCACUAGAUAUGGUGUGUGGAGCCCUCCUUCGUGGAUGUCUUCAGCAUCUAGCUGUCCUUAGCCUCUCUAGGACUCUCUUUUCUCACAGAAAAGGAAAAGAAGUCCCUCCCUCCUUCAAACAGUUUUUCAGCAGCUCACUUGCUUUGAUGCAGAUUAAUCUUUCGGGAACUAAACUCCCUCCUGAGCCUCUAAAAGCGCUUUUAUUAGGCCUGGCUUGCAAUCACAAUCUGAAGGAGGUGUCUUUAGAUCUCAGUAGCUGUGAGUUAAGAUCGGGAGGUGCACAAGUCUUGGAAGGAUGCAUAGCAGAAAUACACAAUAUCACCAGCCUAGAUAUUUCAGACAAUGGCCUAGAAUCUGACCUCUCAACCCUUGUAGUCUGGCUUAGUAAAAACCGAUCAAUAAGACACUUGGCGUUAGGCAAAAACUUUAACAACAUGAAAUCCAAAAAUCUCACUCCAGUACUUGAUAAUUUAGUUCAGAUGAUUCAAGACGAGGAUUCACCUCUGCAGUCAUUGUCCCUCGCAGAUUCCAAGCUGAAGACAGAGGUCACCAUCAUUAUUAAUGCCUUGGGCAGCAAUACUUCUCUUACAAAAGUGGAUAUUAGUGGAAAUGCCAUGGGAGAUAUGGGAGCAAAGAUGCUGGCAAAAGCCCUGCAGAUAAAUACCAAACUCAGAACUGUAAUAUGGGACAAGAAUAACAUCACUGCACAGGGCUUCCAGGACAUAGCUGUGGCACUGGAAAAGAAUUAUACUUUGAGAUUCAUGCCUAUACCGAUGAAUGAUGCUUCCCAAGCACUCAAAACAAACCCUGAGAAAACAGAAGAGGCACUGCAAAAGAUAGAAAACUACUUGCUUCGUAAUCACGAGACCAGAAAGUACCUGCAGGAGCAAGCGUACCGGCUGCAGCAAGGCAUUGUCACUAGUACCACUCAGCAGAUGAUUGACAGAAUAUGUGUAAAAGUGCAAGAUCAUCUUAACUCUUUAAGAAACUGUGGUGUGGAUGCUGUACAGGAAGAUGUCAAAUCUGCAGAACGGCUUAUGCGGGAUGCUAAGAACUCGAAAACACUCUUACCAAAUCUAUAUCACCUUGGUGGAGCUUCUUGGGCAGGAGCAAAUGGUUCACUCUCCAAUCCAAUCCAAGAGACGCUUGAAUCCAUGGCUGGAGAAGUCACAAGAGUUGUGGAUGAGCAGCUUAAGACGCUCCUUGAGUCUAUGGUGGAUGCAGCGGAAAACCUUUGCCCAAAUGUAAUGAAGAAAGCUCGCAUCCGUGAAGACCUGAUUGAGGCUAGCACUGAGAAGAUUUCCAUCCCACGCACUUUUGUGAAAAACGUCCUCUUGGAGCAAUCUGGAAUUGAUAUCCUCAAUAAAAUUAGUGAAGUAAAGCUGACAGUGGCUUCUUUUCUGUCUGACCGAGUUGUAGAUGAAAUCCUGGAUGCACUUUCCCAUUGCCAUCACAAACUGGCUGACCAUUUGACCAGACGUGGCAAACCUCUUCCACAGCAGGAAUCACUGGAAAUUGAGUUAGCUGAAGAAAAACCAGCUAAACGCUCUAUCAUCACAGUUGAGGAGUUGACAGAGAUAGAACGUUUGGAGGAUCUGGAUACUUGUAUGAUGACUCCUAAAUCAAAAAGGAAAAGCAUCCACAGUAGAAUGCUCCGACCGGUCUCCAGAGCUUUUGAAAUGGAAUUUGAUCUAGAUAAAGCACUGGAAGAAGUACCUAUCCAUAUAGAAGACCCACCGUUUCCUCCCAGCAGGCCGGACAAACGAACUUCUGGAUUCAUUUCAGAGCUGCCAUCAGAAGAAGGCAGAAAACUAGAACACUUUACAAAAUUAAGGCCCAAAAGGAAUAAAAAGCAGCAGCCCAGCCAAGCAGCAGUGUCUGCUGGAGUGCCUCCAGAAGGGGAUCAGAAUGGCCUUAUGGGGAGAGUGGAUGAAGGUGUGGAUGAAUUUUUCACUAAGAAAGUGACAAAAAUGGAUUCAAAGAGACCAUCAACUAAAAGUUCAGACAGCAGUGAGCCCAGUGAAGCAGGUGAUGAGAAGAAGAAAAGGGACUCAAGGAAGAGUGGCUUCCUUAACUUAAUCAAAUCAAGAGGCUCCAAAUCUGAACGUCCCCAGACUGUGUUGGUGGCAGAGGAGCCCUCCUCACCCAAGGUUGCUGCAAAAAGUCCAGCUGUAGACACAAGCAAGAAGGAGGUAAAGCCUGCAGAGCAGAAUGGUGGUACAGAACGAUCCGAGGAAUUAAAGACGCCAGACUCACUGGAGGAGGCACAGCCAGACGAUGCAGCAAAAUCUGAGAGAGGUGACAGCAAAGGAAGCCCACAAGGAGGCCGGAGAUAUGGCGUGCAGGUGAUGGGCAGUGGACUUCUCGCAGAAAUGAAAGCCAAGCAGGAGAAGAGAGCAGGGUGUUCAUCAUCAGAAAAAAAUUCAAAAGCUGAACCAAAGGCAGAAGCUGGUGCAAAGGCAAGAAGUUCUUCCAAUACGCCGACCAGUCCAAAACCCCCACUGCAGUCAACAAAGCCCAGCCUGGCAGGACGACCCACGGUGCCACAGAAACCACGCUCUGCCUCUCGUGCUGAGGAUGUGCCGGAGUCUCCCUCAGGCCCCAGUUCCCCAAAAGUUGCCCUGCUUCCACCUGUGCUGAAGAAAGUUCCUUCUGAUAAAGAAAAGGAUGGUCAGAGCAGCCCCACAGUCAGAGCGUUUUCUCAAGAAGCUGCAAAAAGAAGCCCUGGGCAGCAGUCUCAUGAGUUUCAGGAACUGAAGCAGAGGUCCUUAAGUAAAGACGGCCAUCAGGGAAGCAAAUCCAGUGACUCUGGUGAAGAAGCAGAUAAAGAUUUUAUUUUUGUUUAGCAAUCAGUACAAGUGUUUCAUAGUGCAAGAGCUUUUUAUAACAAUCAGGGUACAGCAAUCAACAGCCCUUCUAGCCAGCUGCUCUUUCACCACAGGUACAUUUCCAUGCAGAAAACCUGAUCUUCCAAUUGUGAUUUACAGUACACUCACUUGGCAUUGAUUCAGUCCUUAAUUUCUGUUCUGUACAAUGCAGACAUUCCUUUCCAUGCCUUUGCUAAAGCCAGCGAUUCUUUCAUGUAUUCUACUUGAAUUUCUGUGAAGCAGCUACAAAGAGUGCCCUGCAUUAGGGCAUUUAGGAAGCAAAGCAAAUUAACUGGACACUGUCUUACACUAAUACACUGUACAGCAGGUAAUGUGUUGUACUGCUGAAUGUAAAUGUGUCAAAUCUGCACGUGACUUACCUAUAAAUAUAUUCUUGCGGUAUGCAAUUGCACAUUGUAAUUAUAUUAAAAGAGCACACUAAUAAAAUAAUUUGUAUAGAUUAUAUAUAUUAAAUGCUUGGGUAUGGUUUUUACAUUCUCCCAUAGGGACCUUCUUUCUCCCUGUUCUCAUACUGUACAUAAAGCUCUGAUGCAUACAUUUGUGUACUGUCAAAAAGCACAACAGAGAAGGAUUUGGAUGACGUAUAAUCAUGGUAUGCUUCCACACUCAUAUAUUAAUGUAUAUAGUUGAUUGGAAUGAGGGCAAUUGAAAUUUUAUUAAUAUUGGUGUUUUCUAGAGGCCUUCCUCAGUUCUGUCUGCAUAUUAGCUUCCUUUCAAUGUGUAAUUCUACGAGAAAAAUAGUUUGACAUCUGUAAAAACAUUUCAGCUUUUGGGGGAGGGGUGCAAAUUUCACAGCUACCCAGUUACAUUACAGGUUGA